AUGACUUUUUCGGAACUCAUACGGUUAGGUGGCUUUACAAUGCGCCCGCUUUAUAUUAUGAUUAGUUGGCUACGUCAGGAAUAUUUAUUCUUAAUAGAACUCAAACGGUCACAAAAGUCUCCCUUAUCUGAACUAAAUUCUCUUGGUCUGAGACAGAUCUACUUUAUGACUCGUGAAUACCAUUACCCUGACCUUUCCUUCUAUGCCACAUUGAAGCGUCGGCCUGUCAGUAAUUCUCAAGUCAGAGAUGGCAAGCCCUAUGGCCCACUUUCUCUACAUAAUGAGCUCUUGAGGAGCACUCUAUAUUUUUAA